AUGCCCGAUGCGAGACUCCCGAACGAGCUGCGAAAUGGAGAACAUUCCAGCAUAGGUGGAAAAAGCCAGAUGGACCUUAUUGUGCGGAAAGAAAUAGGAAAGUGGGUAUUACUGCACAGAUUUAUCCAUAAGUAUGAUGGACCCGCGGGCAAAAGAACACUUUUGAGGAACAAAAUGUCGAAGCAGACAGAUCAACCAACAGAUCAACCAUCUGAUCCGGGAACUUGCCACCCAAGCGUGUUUGACCUCUUCUAUCAUCCGACGGGAACGCACCAAAUACGCACCGGACCCUGUGGGGUAUACGUGGAAGAAUGCCCUUCAAAGGUUACGGUAAACGGUGCGAUACAAAAUUUGCCUUUCCAAAAUAACCUAUCGGACGAGCCCAAGAUUAAAGAAGAUUCAAACGAAUCACUUUGUGGUUCCUCAGCGGGUACAAAAAAGGUCAAAGGGAAGGCAACAAAAAAAGACGGAAUUAGCAAAGACCCAACGGAGGCUAUUAUAUCCAAAUGUAUCGACAUAAGGAGUUAUAUUGUCAAACACAAAAAGAGCUUCAAAAAUAUAUUAAUCAAUUUGUUCAACGAGUACACAUUUCUGAGGAGGUACAUGAACAGCAACUACAACACAUACCAUAAGUUAAAAUUCUUCCAGAGCUGCAACCAUUAUGUGAAGAAGUUACAUGACGUCCUGUCCAUUUUUGCUGAUGUUGUAGAGGAGAGUGACGAAUAUUUAAUGAUAGAAUUGUACAAGAAAAUAAAAGUUAACAUGCGUCUGCUGUACUAUGUUGGGAGAAUUUUAUCCAACUAUCUCACCUGCAUUGCUUAUAAAAAAAUAGCCUACGUAAUUAUGGUUUGCAUUUCUCGAGUACACACCAUUUUUAAAUGUAUGCUCAUAUCGGAGCCGUUUAAAAGGGCCGUUCCGGAACUGAUAAAGAUGAUUCAGUACGAUAUGUCGUGA